GGGGAUGGAGAAGGGGGGGACCCCAGGAUGAGCAAGCCGCCGGAGCCCCCGCUCUAUUUCCCCUCCCUGUACGACCGCGGGGUGUCCCCGUCCCCGCUGGGAGAGCUGAGCAUCUGGAGGAAGCUGUUCGUGCCUCUGCGGGCCGGGGGGCUCGGGGGUGCGUCCGGGGGGGGUCCCGGGCCGCCCCCUCCCCCGCCCGGGCUGCGCCCCCCGCCCUGGCCCGCCGGCCUGGCCCCGCUGCCCUACGAGCCCCUGCGCUUCUUCUGCUCGCCGCCCCCCCCGCCCCCCGGGCCCGGGCCCGCGGCCCCGCCCGAGGACCUCUGCGAGCUGGGCAUCCGACUCAAGGAGCUGGAGCUCCUCACCAUCACCGGAGACCGCUUCGACUCGCAGCCGUAUAAGUUUCUGAAGGCCCUCAAAGAUGAAAAGCUACAAGGCAUGAUGAUGAAGUCCCAGGUGAAGAAACAAGCUCGUGCAUCUUAAGAAACCCCGGCUCCAGGCUUUCCGUGUCCGCAGUUAUUUAUUUGACCAUUUAGUGCAUUUACCACAGAUUCAGAUUUAACUAUUUUAUGAUCUCCGCUAACGAAUGCCACCCAGCUCCUCACCAAUACAGUAUUAGCAUGUGUGUGUACUCUCA